AUGGCUGCUAAAGCAAACCUUAGCAGUAAACAUCACCUGACACGGUUACAUUUGGUAUUUACCAGCAGGCUAGGAGACAACGGGAAGGUCAAAGGCAACAUUAGCGAGGAGGAACACAGGAGAACAGAGGAGGUGCUGGAUAAUCUGUGUCCUCCAACUUGCAUGGAAGAACUUGAUAUCAAAGGCUACUUUGCACGUGGGCUACCGCAGUGGAUGAGAACCAUGUCAGCCUUUGGGAGCUUAAGGCGGUUGCAGCUAGAUGACGACGCAUGCUGCACGCAUCUACCUAAUGGAUUGGGGCAGCUCCCCUUUCUUGAUUAUUUUUGGUUCAAUCGUGCUCCGUCUGUCCGGUGCGUUGGGCACGAUUUCCUCUUCCCCUCCUUGGGUGGUCAAGCUGAUGGCAAAGUAACACGGAACAAUAACAGGCAGCCUCAUCAUACUUUGCGAGGUGCUGGUGUUGCUUUUCCCAAGUUGAGAAAAGUGGGUUUUGUAGGCAUGCUGGGAUGGACGAAUUGGGAGUGGGAGCAGCACGUCCCAGCGAUGCCUGCACUAGAGGAGCUUACAAUCAUAAACUGCAAACUGCAACACCUUCCUGCAGGGCUUGCACAACAUGCAUGCCGGUUGAGAGAGUUGCGCCUGACACAUGUCCAGCACUUGGUCUCUGUUGAGAACUUCCCUUCACUAGUCAAGCUUUGGUCAUAUGACAACCCAAGGCUGGAGAGGAUCAGCAACAACCCGAGCUUGCAAUGGAUUGACAUUAGAAAUUGCCCAGCACUAGAACAAUUGGACGGUUUGCCAUCCCUCCGAAGCCUCGAGUGGAGGGAUUUGAGUGCUGAAGCACUCCCAGAAUACUUGCGAGAGGCAAAGCUAAAGAAAUUGCGUGUAGAUUGCAGCCGAAGAUUGCUCAAACUGAUAGCACUACAAGAUGAAUCCUCCGAAUGGGGAAAGAUCCAGCAUGUCCAGCAACUAGAGGCGUAUGGACACAAGAUAGAAGGAGAAGCGGAGGAAGCCGACCAAUCGCACGAAGAUGAGGAUGCCGAGUGGUACAUCUACUGUACCAAGGAGCCGUAUUCAUUCGACGCGUACCUGGGCAAGUCCACGGGAUGA